AUGAUUGUUACACCGAUUCACCACUUGAUAUAUCUAAUAUUGUUGAUAACAAUAAUCAAUUUAACGCACCGUUCGUUGAGUUCAUCGACAUAUGAGAGAGGAGUCGAGUGGGGAGUAAUCGGUAGUCAAAAGGAUUGGAUUGUUUUGGAUUUGUUGCAGAAGUAUCACAAUGCGAGUGCUAUUUUGCAUUUCAUUGAACUGACACAUAAUAUAUCUAAUAUUAAUGCCAACACUUGUGUCAGACAGUCAUUACUAUCAUUGAAUUUUUCAGUCAAGUCUUCAUCGUAUCAAAAGUUUUCUCAUCAAUCGGAGUCGGCAUUGAAAACAGCAAACUUGUUGACCAACUUGUUUACAGUCAACGAAUCGCUUCCACCACUAGUUCUACACAAAGAGUUCUUCGAGUCCAUAGUUCGGGCCAAUGUUCAGACCGACCCCUAUAUGUUUGGGUCGGGCAUUGCCUUCAGUGCCAAUUCUUUUGCCAAUAACAAUGACUGGCAUUUUGCUCCCUAUGCCUACCGUAAUGUGACAAACAAGCAAAUAGUAUUGAGUGAUCUAACUAGAAGUUGGUCAUCGGUGGCCAAUCAUUAUAAUAUGCAAACAUUCAGAACAGAUAACUAUUCGCUGAGCGGCGACUGGUUUUGGGCCUUCGCUACCAAUCAUUACGGCCAGCAUUUACACGAAUGGCAUAACAAUCCCAACAAUGGAUUACUCAUGAAAUCAGAGUCCGGUAUUUGGACCACACUUUACUAUGACUGCCGGGUGACCAACACGUGGCUCAUCACACAUAUCGUGCCUUUCUUCGGCUCGUCGCUAACCGACACAACAAAACGUGAUCUCAAAGGAGUAGUUGUGGUCAGUAUAGACCUACUAAAGACAGACAUUAAUCAAUGUGCUGGCGAUGACUCGUUUUUCUCCGAUACGCAUAAGUGUCACAUCCAUACAACACAGUGUCACCCAAUAAAAGGCAUUGGUUUUCAUAGGGGUGCCUAUAUAUGUCAGUGCAAGGAUGGCUACUAUAUGCCCAAUAGAAAUAUUAGUAAUUUGGAUAACUCACCUGGCACAAAUUAUUUUAGAGGCAUAACAUUAGAGGAGGCGUUUGUCAACACAUUGACGGGUUCUCAGGACACCAAUGGUCUCGAUCCGCAUAAUUUUAUAUGUAUUCCCUGUGAAUCUGGAUGUGAGGACUGUAUUAACGACAGUCCCUGUUUCGUUCACUUCAAUCUAUUCAUACGAACCAUAACUCUGGGAAUACAGAGUUUUUGUGCGACCAUUACAUUCAUGAUUGGUAUCGCUAUUUGCAAACUAAGGCGUUAUAAGACAAUAGCUACUUCUCGUUGGGUUGUCUUAGAAAUGAUACUUUUCGGCGCUUUUAUGUUAUAUAUAACGGUGAUAAUACGUUACUAUGAAUCGACUCCAUUGACUUGUUUUCUGGAGCCCUGGUUUAGAGAAGUGGGAUUUGCUUUUUGUUACGGCGCUAUAGUCAUCAAAGUUUACCGAAUUUAUGCCGAAUUUCAGACCCGAAAAGCUCACAGAGUGUGUGUCCGCGACAAAGACUUAUUAAAAUAUUUAGGAGGAAUUGUUUUGGUUGUCACCGGCUAUAUGUCCGCCUGGACUGCACUCGUAUUGGACGGCAUUGACGACAUCAGUCAAAUCAAUUGGUUUGACGGAGCAAUCAAUUUGAAUGUAAAGGGAAGGAAUAUAUUAGAAGAAAAGACAACCAGCGAUGGUCUCCGAUAUAUCGUUUGUCGACAACUUUCAUGGGAUUACGUCACAGAAAUGGGGGAACUCAUAUUUUUAUUGACCGGAGUUUACAUCACUUAUUGUAUACGAAACGCUAGAAAAGAGAUCUAUAAAGAGAAGUGGACUCUCGCUCUGUCUAUUUAUUUGGAAACUAUAGUAUCGUUCACUACAUAUACAGUAAAACAUUUGCUAUGGUUUUAUCGGGAUCUCCAUCCCGACCACAUAUUCUUGCUUUAUAUGAUACGCUGUCAACUGACAGUAACUCCAAUGUUAAUAAUGAUAUUUUUACCAAAAUUUUGGUUUCACAGCCGCACGCGUAGAGCAGACCGUCACCGAUCGCGCCAUUUAUCAGCAGCUGAAGCACACGAUCCGGUACCCGAAGCCAUGAAAUUACAUUCAGCCAUACUAUCUAAUGGUGAGAUAGAUAUUGGAGACAUUAAUCUGGCAGACAUGGAUCCCGAGGAUAUCAGAUCUGAAUUGCGUCGAGUGUAUACUCAGCUCCAGGUGCUCAGGAAUAAGACGAUGCGUAAAGACAACCCCCACAUCAGUAAGCGAAGGGGCGGCAGAAAAACUCACCGACGCUUUUCAUUACAGCCUUUUCAUCACAAACACAAACAACACGAACAGGAAAUGACUGAAAUCUCAAGAACUCCAGAAGAGUCAACCGCUAGUCUGGAGGGCACCGGUAGCUGUCAACCGGACGGUCCAUCCACUGUCCGUAUUGACCCCGAGAGCUCUAAUAUUACCAAAUUAUCUCAUAUUAAUAGAAAUCAUUAAAAACUAAUUUAUUAAAUUAGUGAUUAAACAC